AUGUCCUCUCCAACCAAGCAGUCCGAAGAGGUCAUCGACCGCUCUGGACCAGAGCUCGACGAGGAAGAGAUCGGCAAGUCCUGCUCUAUACCACCUCACUUCACCACUAACAGAAGAGCAGACGGCUACAUCAUCUCAACGCCCGUGAAGUCCACCAACAAGGCGAAGUUGCCAACCACUCGCAAGCCCAAGAAGUCCACCAAGACUGUCAACGAGGCCUGUCUUCUCACUCCCAGCAGCCUUGCUAGUCCCGCCAAGACGAAGCACGAUGGGAUGGAGACGCCUAAGAAGCAAGUCGGGGUCUUUGGUCAUGAUGCCCGACAGUGGACGAUUCAGGGCGACCACACGCCUCCUCGUGCUAGCUGGCGGUCUCAGAAGGAGUGA